UCUGUUUUUAAUCUUUGUGGGAUGCACAUAGCCUUCUCCGCCCUCUCAAUUUCAUCGUCAUCUUCUUCUUCUCCCCUCAAUCUCCCUCGAUAUGCGCGCUAAGAGGGGAGGAGGAGGAGGCGGAGGAGGAGGAGGAGGAAGCAUUAUGCUAAUUCACUGGCAAAAAAGUUUCGAUUUUUAAUUUUGUUCCUCGAUCCCCUUUCAGACCCAUGACCUCCUCGCCGGCCAGAUUAUGGUGGCGUCGGGUGAUGGGGACCGUGAAGGAUAAGUGGAGCGUGUACCUGGUCAAGACAGUGGGCGGUCGGCACUACCUCCGGCGGAGGCCGGAGGUGGAUGCGGCGGUGAUCCGGGCCACGAGUCACGACGAGAUGUCGGUGGACUACAAGAGCGCGGGGCGCGUGUUCACGUGGGCGCGCGCCGCCCCCUCGUCGCUGAUGGCACCGUUGAUGUGGGCGGUGGGUCGCCGCGCCUCCCGCACCCGCUCCUGGCCCGUUGCCCUCAAGUGCCUCCUCCUCGCUCAUGGCCUCCUUCUCUGCUCCGACGACGCGCCGCCCUCCGCCCGCGUCGGGCGUCUCCCCUUCGAUCUCUCCGACUUCCGCGACCGCUCCUCUGCUUCCCCCGGCUUCUCCGCCUUUGUCCGCGCCUACUUCAACUUCCUCGACCACCGAUCGCUCUUCUCCUCCGUCGGAAGCGCCGUCUCCCCUUCCCCCGCAGCGGAUCUAGAAGACGGCGACGACGACCUCGAGGGAUUGAAGCGGCUCCAGGUCCUGCUCGACCUCCUGAUGCAGAUCCAGCCGUAUGCCGACAGCAUGGCGGUGGGGCUCGUCCUGGAGGCCAUGGACUGCGUGGUGAUCGAGAUCUUCGAGGUCUACAGUGGGAUCUGCAGCGGAAUCGCCCGAUUCCUCGUCGGCGUGCACGGAUCUAAUUCCGGCGAUGUCGACAAGAGGGUGAAGCGCAGGCGGGCGAUGGGGAUCCGCAUCCUGCGGCGAGCGGCGGCGCAGAGCGCGCAGCUGUCGUCCUACUUCGACCUCUGCCGCUCCCUCGGCGUGCUUAACGCGGCUGAUCUCCCCCGCGUCGAGGGCAUCCCGGAGAAGGACAUGAACGACAUCGAGGCGCUUAUGCUGGGAGGCGCACCUGCUGCGAAUACAGCGGCGUUUACAUCGGCGGCGGAGAAGCAGGAGGAGGAGGAAGAAGAAGGCAAGAGGGCAAGAGCGGCGUUGGAUUCGGCGACGAUGAUCAGCAGGAAAUGGGUUGUAUUCGACGACGAGGGGAAUGUGGGCAACACGACGUUGCUCCGGUCGCCGGAGAAAAGUGGCCAGCCGGUGGAGACGCUGUGGUCGCUGACGGCGAAGCCCGGGCCGGCGAUGGGGCCCCUCCAGUACGGCAAUUUGAUUGACCUUAGCUGACGUUUUUACUUACCCUCGGUCAUUCAUCGAAACUACCAUCAUGCCAUUACAUUGCCAUCCUGUUGCCUUGCACUCUUCAACUUCAAAUCCGUCUCGUCUCUAAUUAAUGGCGUUGAAUUUUAUUUUGUAUUUUUUGUUAGUAAAAUUCAUAUAUUUUUUCCGGAAUAUAAGAACCGAAUUACAAGUUUGAUUCUGAUUA